CUGCCCUGCGGUAGGGGCUUCUAGCUUGCUGAGCUCGUUAUGUGGCGUCAGGCUCGCCGGCUCUGCGUGCAGACUGUGAAGGCCAGCAAGCUUUCCCGCCCUUGGAGGAGGCCUGCCGCCCUCAUGUCCACUCUGCUGAUCCAUCAUCCCCAGUAUGCCUGGCUGCAAGACCUGGGGCUCCGCGAGGAAAACGAUGGAGUGUAUAAUGGAAGCUGGGGAGGCCGGGGAGAGGUAAUUACGACCUAUUGUCCUGCUAACAAUGAGCCAAUAGCAAGAGUCCGACAGGCCAGCAUGAAAGACUAUGAAGAAACCAUAGGGAAAGCCAAGAAAGCUUGGAACAUCUGGGCAGAUAUUCCUGCCCCAAAGCGAGGAGAAAUAGUCAGAAAGAUUGGCGAUGCCUUGCGGGAGAAGAUCCAAUUACUGGGAAGACUGGUGUCUUUGGAGAUGGGGAAAAUCUUAGUGGAAGGAAUAGGAGAGGUUCAGGAGUAUGUGGACGUCUGUGAUUAUGCAUCUGGCUUGUCGAGGAUGAUCGGGGGGCCCACCUUGCCUUCUGAAAGGCCUGGCCAUGCUCUUAUUGAACAGUGGAAUCCAUUAGGCCUGGUGGGAAUCAUCACUGCCUUCAAUUUCCCUUUAAUUUUCUCUCUGUCUCUCUUAAAUGUCUCUAGGAAAGGAGCGCCAACAACUUCCCUCGUUAGUGUAGCUGUCACAAAGAUCAUAGCCAGGGUUUUGGAGGACAACCUGCUACCUGGGGCCAUUUGUUCCCUGACUUGUGGUGGAGCAGAUAUCGGCACAACAAUGGCCCGAGAUGAGCGUGUGAACCUGCUGUCCUUCACUGGCAGCACUCAGGUGGGGAAGCAGGUGGCCCUCAUGGUGCAGGAGAGGUUUGGGAAAAGCUUGUUGGAGCUUGGAGGAAAUAAUGCCAUUAUUGCUUUCGAGGACGCAGACCUUAGCUUGGUUCUUCCAUCGGCUCUGUUUGCCGCCGUGGGAACAGCUGGCCAAAGGUGUACCACUGUGAGGCGACUGUUUUUGCAUGAAAGCAUCCAUAAUGAAGUUGUAGACAGACUGAAAAAUGCCUACUCACAGAUCCGUGUUGGAAACCCCUGGGACCCCAAUAUUCUCUAUGGACCUCUCCACACCAAACAGGCGGUGAGCAUGUUUGUGAGAGCCGUGGAAGAAGCAAAGAAGGAAGGAGGCACAGUGGUCUAUGGGGGCAAGGUCAUGGAUCAUCCUGGCAAUUAUGUGGAGCCCACCAUUGUGACUGGUCUUGCCCAUGACGCACCCAUUGUUCACAAGGAGACUUUUGCCCCAAUUCUUUAUGUCUUCAAAUUCCAGAAUGAAGAAGAGGUCUUUGAAUGGAACAAUGAAGUAAAACAGGGACUUUCGAGUAGUAUCUUUACCAAGGAUUUGGGCAGAAUCUUCCGCUGGCUUGGACCUAAAGGUUCAGACUGUGGCAUUGUGAACGUCAAUAUUCCCACCAGCGGGGCUGAGAUCGGCGGUGCGUUUGGAGGAGAGAAGCACACCGGUGGUGGCCGGGAAUCUGGCAGCGAUGCCUGGAAGCAGUACAUGCGGAGAUCCACAUGUACCAUCAACUACAGCACGUCCCUCCCUCUGGCUCAAGGAAUCAAGUUUCAGUGACACUGCGUCAGCUUGGCAUCACUUAGCCAUUCCUUCGGCUACUCUGAAGAUGCCUAAGAGGACUCUGAUUUGCCCUGGAUAAAUGACCGAUUUGAGGACAGCAGUGACUAACCUCCAGUGAUCCCAGACCCCUGACUAAAUCAAGAUACUCAUUUAUCAAAAAUCCAAAAUUAAAUAUUAACAAUCUAGCUACGUUUAGCAAAAGA